AUGGCAUCAUUGAGAGAUGAUUACUGGAAUUCUCUCGGUGCUGCAGAAUUGGACAAUAUAAGUAUAGAACAAUGGAUGCAACAACAACAACAGAUGUAUUUAUGGACUUCGGAUAGUUUGCAAGCCAUUCGUGAUUGGUUCUGGUUAAUAGAAAGUUAUCCAUCAACUUUGUACAAUAUUUCUGCGUUGCAUGGUUCUGUUGUGUUAUACAAAAGAUUGCGCCUUUUGAGUGCCGAAGGCCUUUAUACAAAAGGGUUAUAUCGAUGGGAAGGUGGAACUGGGACGUUUGUUGAAGCGAUUCGUGCUGCUUUUGUACGUCUCGGUGGACUUAUAUCAACCUCUUGUCAAGUAGUUGCUAUUGAUUAUACUGAUCCUGAUCAAGUUAUUGUAACUCUCGUCACUGGUGCAACAAUGACCGCGAAAAAGAUUGUAGUAGCCACUUCCUUACCAAGUGCUAGUUAUAUCUCUUACAAUCCAUCUUUGCCAACAAGUCCAAACUACAUGGCACUAUUUAAAAGUAUUAUACCUUCUGAUAAUGCUGCUGCUCAAAUUAUUAUGACCUGGAAUCCAAAAUGGUAUUUACUUCAAGGGAACACAAUACUUCCUGAUCCUCUUACACAACCUGCCUGUGGUGUUUAUGGGCCGGUAUUUGAUGUAUCACCGGGAAAUUCUACUGAUGGUGUUUUACGCAUAAUCAUUCUGGAUGUUCAACGUUCUUACGAUUGUCUCACUAAAGUCGCAACAUCGAACAUCAGUAAGAAUGCUGAAGUGACGAAAAGCGCUAAAGAUUGGUUUAAAUCUAUGUAUUCUUUAUUUGGCUUUCCAGUUGUUUCAAGUUCCAUUGAUGACUUCUUUAUUGAAACUGACAUUUGGGAUUGGCGCACACGAAAACAAUUUUUACCAGGAGUAACAUACUAUUUUCCACCCAGCAGUACUUUGGUUGCACAUGGCAAUGUCCUUCGUACAGCCAUAGCGAAGCGCAUUUAUUGGGGUGGUGCAGAACGUGCAGUGAAUGGUCUACACUGGAUUGAAGGAGCUAUUCAGCGUGGAAACGAUGUAGCGUGCGAAGUUUUAGCAGAUAUUGGUCUAGUUCCCAAUUGCACAGUCUACUCGAACUGGUUACAAUAUUUGGCCCUUUUAGCUCAAAAUACUACCAGUUUUCAGAACUUACUGACACUUCGUACACAAAAUUUGGAACUUUUGAACCAAUUUGUUUGUCAAAUUGUAACACAAACUGGAUAUACAUGUCUUUCUCAAAAGCAACCCUGGCGUCACCCAAUUACAGCGGUUGAAAAUCAAACACAAACAUUGAUUAACAUGGCAAUAACUCAGUCGGAAGAAAUUGAAGGUUUGGUUAGGUCAGCAGCGCUUCUAGUGGGAAAACUGGUUGGUUUGAAUAUUUUUUCAAACUAA